AUGCAAACACCGGUGGCGCUUGAGCAGGUGUAUGCAGUGCCAACGGCUUGGUACCACAAUGACGAGGAAACGCUCAAUCGCCCUUUCACCGAUACCAUCGAGCCUUCCUUCCCCACCGAGACAUUCUUCGUCCCUCAAAUGUCGGCUCUAUCGCAUAACACUCCAGGCAUUACUGAUAUGGGAGCACCUUUUGCAGACACAGACGCAGACAUCAUCAUACGUUCCUCCGACCUCUACGACUUUCGCCUCCAUCGUUUCAUCCUCUCAAAAGCGUCGGACGCCUUUCGAGACCUCCUUUCGAUUCCGCAGCCUAUAGAUUUGGCUCGUAGCAUCGAAUUGUCUGACGGCUAUCGAGACAGAUUGCCCAUCAUAACCCUAUCUGAGAACCAUCGUAUUCUCGACGUCUUGUUCCGUAUCAUAUAUCCCGUCGAUAUUCCAAGUGUUUCAUCAUUGCAUUUGGAUGUCCAGAACUAUCCGAAUAGCCCAUGGCGAAAAUGUUACAGUGACGGUACCCGCAUCAGCGAGUUAUCGGAUCUCCUAGACGCCUCCGAUAAAUAUGCUCUUAUAGCGAGAGUUCCGUCUACUUUCAGCUCGUUGCUACUGUCAGUGCCGAAGAUAGGCUACGGGAUGUAUGACCUUGUUCACCCAGAGACCGUCUUACGAUGUGCCUGUCAGUACGACUUGACACAGGCGGCAAACGAGAUGGUGAAGUUGACGUUGCAGCGAAUGCGCGCACAGGUCACGAAUCAUAAAGACCUCCAGGCGUUGACAGUGCCACAGUACCGCGCCAUUCUAGACUAUCGAGAGCAAGUCACCACCGCCGCAAUUGAGACCGUCAGGCCUGCAGGCAAAGACAGGGAGAUUCUGAUCGAUGGAGAUAGAUUCCCUGCGUGGGACUCGGACUGCAGCCCAUCUUGCACUUGUCGACGACAAUACAUCAAAACAUUGGAAUAUGAUCCUACUGGCGGUGAAAUCUUCCGCUCUCACGUACUCUCCCCAUACUGGGUUCAGAAGUAUCUCGAUAAUUGCGCCGAUGCUUUAUCAAUUGUGCCUCAUACAAAGUCUGUCAGGCAUAGCGUUGCCAUGGACCACGCAUUCCGAGAUGGCAUGAAGUGCCCUCAUUGUAGGCAUCAUCUGUAUAGGCUGGAUGAAUUUGCGGAUUGUAUCGCCGCGCUAGUAGAGUCCAAUAUAUCAAAGAUACCGCUGCCGUUUGGGGUGAAGGGUCAGUAG